GACUCAAAGUACUUUAACGACACGAUGAACUGGAUGAAAAGAAGGUAUAAGAACAGUGUGUUCCUGGUUGCUAGCGAUGAUAUGAAAUGGUGUGAAGAGUAUUUAUCCCAGCCUGGAGUUCACAUGGUUGGAGGAAACAGCGCAGCACUGGACUUCGCUAUCUUAGCUAAAUGUAAUCACUCUAUUGUUGAUUAUGGAUCUUACUCCCUAUGGUCUGCUUUUCUAGCUGGAGGCAAUGUGAUAACAUCUGCUGAUCAUCAAGGUGCUGCUAGGUCCGCAGGAGAAAUGCUGGGCUGGAAAUUAUGGAAAUUCGAUUUUGAAAAUUGAAUUAUGUAGAUACACUUUAAUAAAAGCCAAAUAUAAAAAUACUGUUAUUA